UGUCACCCACAACGCUCCUAGAGCAUCAAGUAAACAAAAAGGGGCAGGAACCGAUAUAACCUCUCACGUUCUUCGAGUUGCAGCGAAGGUGGAAAUCGGUCCGAAAACCCGUAUUGUGCCUACUGGUAAAAAGCUAAAGAAAUGCAUUAUUCCCACCUGGUUGUCCUGUGUCUGGCUGGGCUAACGCUGGCACAGAGCGUGCAUGCCGAAAGCAAACUAAAGAUAGGCGUCAAGAAGCGCGUCGAUAACUGUACCGUUCGGACCAAGAAGGGUGAUCUGGUGCACAUGCACUAUACGGGUACCCUUGAGGACGGAACUGAGUUCGACAGCAGCAUUCCGCGUGGCAAUCCGCUUACCUUUACCCUUGGAAUGGGUCAAGUAAUCAAGGGAUGGGACCAAGGAUUGCUUGGAAUGUGUGAAGGUGAGAAACGGAAGCUGGUCAUCCCUCCGGAGCUAGGUUACGGAGAGCGUGGAGCCGGCGAGAAGAUUCCACCCAAUUCCGUGCUAAUUUUUGAGGUAGAACUGAUGAAAAUCGAACGCAAAACGGAGCUGUAAUGGUGGGAGGAGAAUAAAUGAUGAGCCCCUGCAGAGUGCACCUAAGUAAGCAAGUCGGUUGAUUUCUUUA